CUUAUUUGGCAGGAAGGGAUUGCCCCUUUGUUGACUAGGGAGGAAAAUGGUGGAAAGCAAAGUCAGACAGCUUCAUUAGACAGCGGGAUACUAACAGUUUUAUCUCUGGCUCACUUUGUGUGAAACUUAAAGUGACAGAAGAGAAGCAGCAGUGAUGGCUGAUGCAGAACAGAUCAAGAAAACUGCAGCAAAGGUGCUGUGCUGUGUGGAGAAGGUGUCCUCCUUUGCCUCUUCCAUUGACCCCAUCUUUGGCAUUGUCUCCUCACUAGUUGGGGUGGCUCGCAAGGGCCUGAUGGCUGAAGAGGGCCAUCCGCUGGAAAAGGACUUCCAGGCAAUCCACUCCAAGCUGGAGAGCAUUUCCCAAAAGAACCAGCAAUGCCUGAGGCAGCUCCGUGUUGACGAGGUUAACGAAACCUAUGGCAAAUAUGAGGAAUACAUAAAGCACCAGUACAAUGCCUUCAACAAAAUGGUGGCACAGGUGAAGAAAGAUCCGGACAACACCCAGCGUUACAUGAAGGCCUUUGAGAGGAUUUAUGAGAGAGACAAGAGCGACAUGAGCCUGGAUGUGUACUACCGUGGUGUGAUGGGAACCAGCUCGCUGUUUGGAAGACCCCUGCUGAAGGUAUACCUGGAACACUGCGAGGGUGACCGUGAAACCAUGGAGUACCGCUGCUCACACAUUACCUACCUGUUCCACAUGGGCCUCAUUGCACUCAUGGGCUACACAGCUGUUACAGAGGAUGAUGAAGAUGAGGUGCGAGAGAAGUGGGCUAAGAGGGUGGAUGACAUCCAGAAGAAGAUGCAAGAGGUCCUCAGCCAGUGCAAAGACAAGUCGUCCUAAACAUGGAACAGCAGAGACAGGAUGUCCUCUGGGUCUGAAGGCAGAAAUACAGGGAACAGCAUCUGUUCUCUCUGUGGGCAAAUGGGGCACAAAAAACAAAUUAUGGUAUCAUAUAAAUAUAAAAAUAUAUAUAUAUAUAUAGGUAAAACCUAAGCCAUGCUUUAAUUUGUGCACUUGAGCUGAAUUUGAUAUUCUAAUUGCAGCAUUUGGUUAUUGUACCACUAUUGUAUGUUACUUUUUAGUUUCAAAGAGACUAUUAUAUGUUUAUGCUGCUUUUGUGUUAUAGUACAUGUCAAUAAAUGCUGUUUUAUACAGUC